AUGAUAGAUGGCAGUCAACAUAAUCCAGAACUUAAGAAAAACGACGGGUCAACUGCUAACAACAAAGUUGUAGGGAUAACUGUUAAAAUGGAAGAAUCCAAAGAUUCCAAAAGCUCAGAUAACAUCAGCGAUAGCGGGAGUGUAAGCACGAGUGAAAGUUUGAAGUCGUCGGACAAGCAAUCUAGACACAAGUCUAGCAAUGGUGCUACAAGUGUGAUUAGAAGAAGGCUACAUUUUGCAGAUGAAGCUCUGUGGAAAAGGUUUACCACAAGAAGGCUACAGCUGGUGGAAAGUCUCUCUUUAUCAUCCAAGAAAGCAAGUGAGCAAUAUGACCAAAUCAACGUUUGUGCACACACAUUGAUGUCCGAAUUCGGCUUUCCGGAUGAGACACUAUCAGAGUUCGAUAAGCUAGUCAGACUGGCUAUCCAGAGCGUUCGGCGGAACAAGAAACGCUCAGAGAAGAGGCAGGCACUGAAAAUUCUGCAGGAAGAGCGUAAAACAAAGAGAAUCAAGUUUCAACAGCAGAGAGAGAGCUCAAAGUUCUUCUCAUCUCUAGUUUAUGAUGAUAGUGAGCCUACAGAUGCAAUUAGUGACAACGAGCAUGGAAACGCAGGAUCUGUCGCUAGUGCUAGGAGCAGCACUCACUCUGCUGAUGGAUCGAUACAAGGAUCGAGUAGACUGCAAUCAGUUGGUCGAUUUGGUGGUAUAUCCUCAAAUUCAAGUUUUGGGCACAAUGGACCAACCUUAUCCAUCCACACGGAUUCACACAAACGAUUUGCUAGUCCGAGCCUGUCACGUUUGGCGAUCAACUCCCUUAUUGCGCCAAUAAUUCCAGAUCACGACAAACUCCCAUCGAUCAAGAAGAUACCGCAGAGCCCAGAGUUCGAAGUCUCUUCCCAGAAGAUACUGCAGCAAAUUAAGCGUUCAAAGACAUGCUACGACUUUUCGUGUUCAUCCGGAUCUCAGGAUAACACGGCAAGUUAUGAGAUGCUUGAAGAAAUGGGCUCAGCCUGCUUGAGUGCAGCAAUCCUCUUUACGCUGGAAAAGUGGUUUGACCAUCUUCUCUUGGACUCGGCAUCGUACAUCAAGCUUCGUAUGAAGAGCGACCUGACUCUUAGUUUGAUCGUGAAGAACCUAGACAAGAGCUCGGCGGAGGUUAACAGACUUAGCAAUUAUGUUGCAGCACAGCUUUUCAAGAAAUUGAUUGGGGGCUGUGUGAAGGACUUUGGCUUUGAUUCGGUUCUUUAUCCUCUCUGUGAUAUUUUCCGCAGUGUUAUCAGCAAGGACUAUCCGCUCAUUUCAAAGGAAACAAAAAUGCAUCAGUGGCUCAGUGAGCAACGACGUAAUGGUGAUGGCAAUGAUUCGAUCUCCUCUGCAAACCAGUCACAAUCAUCAGAGCAUCACCAAUUUGGCACGUUGUCAGCAAGGGAGAGCACAUUCUCUGAUAAUGGCAUUACUUCCCCCUCAUCACUUCCAUCAAUAUUGGCAUCACCUGUUGCUCAUACCAUAAACUUACCACCAAUCAGCCGCACAUUGAAGACGGUCGUCAUCUCAUUCAAUGGACGUGACAUGAAACUUUUCUACUCGCCUCAAAGCAACGCUCCACCAACAGUGGUGGAAUUGAUAACAAAUUCUAGAACAGCAUUUGGCAUUUCGGACACACGGCGACCACUUAGAAUCCAGAAUCGAAAGUCCGGACUUUUCGUUAACAGUGAUUUUGAACUGGAGAAGAUUUUCGGUGAUCAAUCCGACAAGAUCGAGCUUCAAUUAGUCUUCGGAAGUGGUAAACCAGCCUUUCUGAGUUUAAAUACCGAGCCCAGCAAAUCUGCCAUAUCUUCAACUCCUUCCUUUGCUACUCACAGCUCAAGAAUCCUACCACCACUUCCAUUACCAGAAACUCCUUCUGCUAAUGGUAGUUCGAAUUCUCCAAGUUUACACGGAUAUCAACGACUUGCCUAA